AUGGAAGGGCUAGAAAAGAACCUGUUCACUCUGGAAGGGGAAACAGCGUUGGUGACUGGUGCCACAAGAGGCAUAGGCAGGAUAAUGGCUUUGGCACUGGCUCAAGCUGGCGCAAAAGUCCUGCUCGCCCAACGAGACAUUCUAGACGCCGGGUUAAGGGACGAAAUCAACGCCCACGUUCCACAAGAAAGGUUGUCGACCAUCUAUGAGGCUGAUCUUGCAAAAAGACCUUCUGUCGAAACUCUCGUCUCUCGGAUUGAGGCUGAUGGACAUCGUAUCACAAUCCUCGUCAACUCUGCCGGCGUCAUCAGCCGUUACUCAUGCACUGAUUUCCCAUCGGAUGAAUGGGACAAGGUUCUGGAAGUCAACUUGAGCAGUACAUUUAUUUUGUGUCGAGAUGUAGCACGACAUAUGCUCGGAAAUGAGAUCGUCAGGAGACAGAGGGGCUCAAUCAUCAACGUCGGGUCCAUCAUGUCUUUCCAAGGAGGCAUAAAUGUCUCUGCAUACGCUUCAUCUAAAGGAGGCCUGGUGCAACUGACGAAAAGCUUCUCAAAUGAACUGGCAUCAAAGGGAAUCCGUGUCAAUACCAUCGCACCAGGAUACUGUGUCACAGAGAUGAACACACAGCUACUAGAAAACAAGGAAAGAUUGAAGUCAAUAUCAGAAAGGAUUCCAAUCGGUCGAUGGGGAGAUCCUAGUGAUUUUGCUGGCCCUGUUGUCUUUCUCGCUAGUCGAGCAAGCUCAUAUGUUACGGGAGAAGCCUUGAUGGUAGACGGAGGAUGGAUGGGGAGAUAG